CACGUGACCGCACACCCGGAAGCGGCGCGGAGCGGCCGCCGGUGCCGCCCCCGGUACCGCCGCCGCUCCCGUCAUGUGAAGCGGCGGGACGGGCUCCCGCAGGUCACGAUGGAGCCCUCGGCCUCGCAGGUGUUCUGCGGGAGGGUGCUGGCCAUGGUCAACGCCGAGGACGUGAACGCCAUCAUCCUGGCCCAGAAAAACAUGUUGGAUCGCUUUGAGAAGACCAACGAGAUGCUGCUCAACUUCAACAACCUGUCGAGCGUGCGCAUGCAGCAGAUGAGCGAGCGCUUCCUGCACCACACCCGGACCCUGGUGGAGAUGAAGAAGGACCUGGACAGCAUCUUCCGCAGGAUCCGGACGCUCAAAGGGAAGUUGGCAAAGCAGUACCCGGAGGCUUUCAGCAACAUCCACGAGUCGCCCAUCCUGGAGGACGACGACGACUUCGACCCCGUCCCCAAGAGCACCACGACCACCAUCGCUACCUCGGAGCAGAGCACGGAGUCCUGUGACAGCAGCCCCGGCCUCAUCUCCCCCACCACCAGCCAGGAGUUUGAGGAUUUGUCGCAGGGCCCCUGCGAGGGCCCGGCCCUGAACGGACAGAGUCUCACAGACGAGGACACGGCCACCCUGGACUAGACCGGGAGCCCCUGUGGAACUUUCUAGCCUGUAUUUAUAGCUGUGUGUCGCUCUUCUGGGGUUUUUUUGGGGUUUUUGUUUUUUUUUUUCCUCUCUUGGGAAGAGGGGAGCCAAGGCUGGCAGAAGCUGAGGGAGGAGGAAGGUGUAAAGCCACCUUCAGGCUGGCUUCAGGGGGAAUCAGUAAAUCCUGGGUUGGAAA